AUUAUGAUGACCAUUUCAACUCUUAUUAAAUCUUCUCCACACCCAACUUACAAACUCAGAAAAGUCAAACUCUCUUCUUUUCUUUUUCUUUUCUUUUUUGGAAAAAUCUUUUCUUUUAGUACACACUGGCCUUGCUACCAAACCAAUUGAAUUUUCGUUAACCAGGACCUCGUGCUCGUCUAGACUUGGCGCCCACGGCAAUUGCCGGGCGACAGUUCCUGCUUCCAUGGCUGUCGCUUACCUUUCCAUUUCAAAGUCAAGAUUCUAAAUUACUCACAAGGGUUGCCGUGUCUAAGCAUUCGUUUUCACAUCCCAUACUCCAACUCCCAAGUAAGAGUAUAAAUCGCCCGCCCUCUGCCUCCCAAUUCCUACCAGCAAACCUCAUUCUAUCCCCUCCAACAUAAACAGAGCACUCUGUUUCAUUUCUCCCAAAAACCAUGGCUGCCUCGACUUCAUCAGCAUCGUCACCAGCCGUAUCCAACAUCAGAAACACCAAGGCAAUCCUGUCCACUGCAGCCUCCAUGGCUGCCACCGUCAUGCUCGCUCGAUCUCUAGCACAGGAUUUCAUUCCCCGGGAACUUCAGGACGCUCUGGUUUUCAGAAUCCGCAAAUUCCUCAGCCACUUCUCCUCCCAGCUCACCAUGGUGGUGGAAGAAUCCGACGGUCUGGUCUCCAACCAAAUCUACGACGCCGCCCAGACUUAUCUCGCCAGCAAGGUCAGCUCAUCGACGCAGAGGCUCAACGUCAGCAAGCCCGAUAACGAAACCCAGAUCCAUGUCCGGAUGGAGAGCCGCGAAGAGGUCUGCGAUGAGUUUCGCGGAGUGAAAUUCAAAUGGGUCUUGAUCUCGAGGCGGAUGCAGUCGUCAUUUUCUCAAGGAAAUCGCGGUCCGAUGGGAUCCGCAUUUCCCUCGGAGGUCCGGUCUUUCGAGGUCAGCUUCCACAAGCAGCACAAAGAAAUGGCUCUUCGAUCUUACUUCCCCCACAUUGUGAGCGAGGCGAAAUCAAUAAAGGAAAAGAGCAAGACCCCCAAGCUUUUCACUCUCCAGAAUCUGUACGGCAACAAUUCCGACACCUGGGCCGGCGUGAAUUUGGAUCAUCCCGCCACAUUCGACACUCUGGCUAUGAAUACAGAGCUGAAGAACACGAUCCUCAACGACCUCCAGAGGUUUGCGAGAAGGAAGGACUACUACAGGAGAGUUGGCAAGGCGUGGAAAAGAGGGUACUUAUUGUACGGUCCUCCUGGAACCGGUAAAUCGAGCUUGAUCGCUGCAAUGGCCAGCCAUCUCCGAUACGAUGUGUACGACUUGGAAUUAACCGAGCUGAGGGGAAACUCCGAGCUCAGGAGGCUGCUGAUUGCGACCCCAAAUCGGUCCAUACUAGUUGUAGAGGACAUCGAUUGCACGAUUGAUUUCGGGGAACAAUCAGCUGAUCAGCAGGAUUCUGGGUAUUGCCAGCAAGGUGGGAUGCAGAUGACGCUGUCAGGGUUGCUGAAUUUCAUCGAUGGGUUGUGGUCUAGCUGCGGGGACGAGAGGAUUAUAGUGUUCACUACCAAUCAUAAGGAGAAGUUGGAUCCAGCGUUGCUGCGGCCUGGAAGGAUGGAUGUACAUAUCAAUUUGUCUUACUGUACUCCUUGUGGGUUUAGGAUUCUGGCUUCCAAUUACCUUGGUCUCGAGGAUCAUAGUCUGUUUCGUGAGAUUGAAGAGCUGAUCUCGACGUCGGAGGUGACUCCAGCUGAAGUGGCGGAGCAGCUGAUGAGGAAUGACGAUGAGGCUGAUUGUGAGGGAGUGCUUGUUGGGUUGAUUGAGUUCUUGAGAUUCAAGAAGGAGAAAGCGGGAGAGGUGGAAGAAAUUGGCGAUCAAAAUGAGGAAGAAUUCGUCGGAACUGUUGCUGGUAAUCGGACUAAUAAUUUUAGAGGGAGGGGAGGGAGAAGGGGAAGGGGUAUUACCCGGCGGCUCAAUUAAUUGCUAACUGGCAUUGACCACCAAUUGACCUGGAAUUUUUGGAUUUAUUAUUUAUUAGAUUAUUUUAAUAUGAUUUCUGGAAAUUUUGCAUAAUUAAUUUUUUUUAUAAGGGUUAUAUCCCACGGCUUGCGAAAUUCUUUCCGAUUUAGCAGUCCAACUUACAAUUUUUAAAUUGAAAAUCAAUAUCACGCCGUGCUGAUUCACUAGAAUUAGGAUUGGGAAAUGGUGUGAUCUAGUUCAGACUGGAUUAUAUAUGCGGUCUACGGUCCAGACCGAGAGGUUAGAGUAUAAACCAUGGACCAGACCACGGAUUAUACGAUCUAGACCAGACUACGUUUGUGGCGUUUGGUCCGAUACUAUUUGGUCCAGAUAGACCACAAUGAAUGAAAAAUGAACAAAUUAAUUAGUCAACCACACAAAAAAUUGAGCCAAUAGUUAAGAAAAAAAAUGUUUUAUUUCCUUAAAACAUAAAUUCCUACAUGCAUGGAUAAUUUUGACACCAUAUAUCUCAGUAAAUAAUAAAGAUACAAAGUCAAAACAUCCCAAGUUGCACCAUAAUUUUUUUUUUAUAAGGGUGAUAUAGGUUUCAUUUUUGUGAAUGGGGUACUACUUAAGGGAUUCAAACCUGGGACCUCCAGGUUCUAGGCUCCUUGUUCGUUUGCACCAUAACGUCAUAAACAGUUACAUAAUGUCAUAUGGAGACACGAUCGUCUUUACUCUCUAAUGAAAUGUGGUUGUGAAUGAAGGAGGGGACAGGAUUCUCAAAUUAAGAUUGAGACUUGGGUAUCGUUGUAGGAGUUGGGAGAGUGGUCGAGUGGGUUUCUAACACAUAUUGUGAAGUCUGCUGGGUCCACGGUUUGAUUCGGUAAAUCGCGGUCUAGACCAGACCAGAUCAAAAAAUCAAAACAUCACAUAAUACAAAUCAUGGACUAGACCAGACCAUACUUAACGGUCUACGGUCCGGACCAAACUGUGCAAUCCGAUUUGGACCAUGAUUUUUCAAACGUUUUGGUCCAUUUUUCCGGCACUAACUAGAAUUGAAAUUUAUUUGUCCGUACUAAAAAUGAAAAAUUAAUGUAUUA